UCCAUUCUGUAAAGAAACAUUCAGCAGAAGGCCUGACCUUCAGAUUAAUACAACCAGUGGCACCGUAAUGGGGGGUAAGCAAACUCUACAGAGAUCCCAAGUCAAUAUGAUAUUCGGGGGGCCCAGAAACCAUAGCGGCGCCCCUGAAUACAAUGCUGAGAGUUUUGCGCAACACUUCAAGGAGAAGCUCAAUCUAGGAAGACCUGAGGUGUUCUGUGACUUCUGUGAUGAAAGAAAGCAGAAAGCCGUGAAGUCCUGCCUGACGUGUCAAAGCUCUUACUGUGAGACUCACCUGGAGCCUCAUCACAGAGUCCCACGUCUAAAGAAACACACACUGAUCAACGCUGUGGAAAAUCUGGAGGAUUAUAUAUGCCAGAAACACGAGAGACCGCUGGAGCUGUUCUGCAGAGAUGAUCAGACGAGUGUGUGUCUGUUCUGCACUGAAGGAGACCACAGGACUAACAACACUGUUCCUAUAGAGGAGGAGAGUCAGGAGAAGAAGGCAUUAUCAUCAGAAGUGGAAUCAGCAGCAAGAGCUCUUAUUGAUGUGUUAGCCAGGGGCCUGGCUCCAUCUUCAUCAAGUGGCCUUACUCCUUUGCCUACUCUGUCAGAACCUGAAAAUAGGGUGAGGCAGGCAUUAAAAAGGCAAUUCACAAGUAUGUUUGGGACUGAAAAUGACCAGCCUAGGGGCAAAAAACGUUUCCCUGUGGCCAAACCUGGUAAUGUGAAAAAGACAGAUUUUCUAAUUUAUGUGCUCUCUGAACACACCCUGUUUGCUCCAAAAGGAGAUGAAGACCUAAAACUUGUACAUGCUGGGCUUGGGAAAAGGCUGUUAACUGUUCCAGACAGUUUUAAACACAGUGAGAUUGUCACUCUGCUUGAGGAAGAAUUUCCUAAAUUAAAAACUCUUCAGGGGGGCUGGAUGUUUUACAAGUCUACAGGUGGUGGUGAGCGGCGGCGAAAGCUGUCUAUAAUUCCCACAGACUCUGAUGGAUACUCAACUCGGCUCCUGAAAUCGGUGUCGAAUAAUGGGAAGAACAUGCUUUUUGUAGUUCCACUACAAGAGCAGCUUUCCAUUGAACCAUUACCCUUUGAUUCUGUGGAGUUUUCAAAGAUGCCACAGUCAAGCUAUCAUAAUGCUUUCUUAAUAUUUCCAUAG